UGGUUGGGUGUCGCUGGGGCGGCAGGGCAGUUCUCAGAGGCAACUCGGUGUCCAGGAAGGGCCGGCGCCUGGCUCGUGGCCUCGCUCGACGGCUCACGCUCUCAGGAAAGAAAUCCAAAGGCCCAGACUCCUGUGCACACAGGCAGUCCGCAAAGCCUGGCAGUGCCAACAUGGCGAGGGGAGGUGUUCCAGGAUGGACGCGACUGGUGGCCAGGACGGGGGAGACCACAGCUGCCGAGAAGCGGCAAAGCGGAGUGAGACCCGGUGUGCCGUGGUGGCCGGGGCCUGCGUCUCAACUGUGGCUAUUGUUAAGAGGGCUAAUACUUCUACGAAAACUGGGGAAAACCCGCAGCGUUGGCAGGCCUGGGGAGGAACUGAACGGUGUGGGUGGAAAGGCUGCAGGUGGCGGAGGGGCACCGUGGCCAGAAGGUCCAGCGCUAAGACGCAGAGCAGAGAGCUGCGCAGCCGGGCUGCGGGCGCCACGCACCGAGAGAGCCUCGCUUCUCCUGAUUAACCGGAGGCCGAGGACAGACCUGGUUGUGUUUUCUUGCACGAACAGCUUCCUCACAUAUGCUCUGCACGGACUGGCGAGAAUCAUGAGCCCAUGCACUGAAAGGCGGAGAGCAGAACCUGGCAUCCAGGAAGUGAAACCACACACCCAGGCCCAAGCUCCGGAGCUGUGCACCAGAGCCGGCCCCAGCCUCGCCCCAGCCCUGCAAGGCGAGGCGCUGCUCAGCCUUCGGAAGGGAGACGAGAAUUCUGCCCAGAGACUCCUGUGGCCGUCUCUCCCGCUGCCGCUCUGGAGAGCGAAGGCAAGAGAGUCGUGGCUGUCCCGGCUGUGAAGCCUGGUCCUGCAGGAUGAACUCAUGUCCCUGGGAAAGAAGAGGUGGAGCCGUGGCCAGGCUACAGCACCUCCUGCCUGCGGCUCAGGUGGGAACCAGCAGCACCGGCUGGGCCAGCGGGGGCAGCAGCGAUGCUGGCAUGGACUCCCAUGGCCCAGCAAGGACGCUCCCAGAGUGGGCAUGGGCGGCACUUUCACCCAAGCAGGAUGGUCUGUUUUAAGAGCAGGGAGGGUGGACAUGCAUGGGGAGGGGGAGCCUGACCUGACCACCCCUCCAGGGCCCCACAUCUGACCAGCUCUGAGGCCCUGCUGCGGGGCAGCUGUACCGGCCAGGACGAGGCUCCCACCUGCACCCCCAUCUCCUCCAUCCCAUGAGGCCUCGUGCCAACUGCCAACCCAUCAUCUCUCAACUCCCAGCACCCACUUCCUUGCCCACUUUGCCCGAUGGGAGCUGGACCCCGUAAACGUUUCUCCUUUGCCAGCAGUGCAAUGCCAGGCUUUGUCAAAGAGAACCAGGUGAGACUGUGGGAGGCAGUGUGUCUACUUUUAACUCGUACGGCCAGGGCCAGUGGCCUGCAGAAAGCCCCCCAACGUCUGGUCUCUGGCAAGGGUCUCCUGUGCCUCAGGGGGAGUUUCCUGAGAAGCAGCUCUGGCCCCUGGAACCCUAGAAAACCUUUCUCCCACCUGGGCUGGCAGCCACACCCUCUGUCGAGGUCUGAGUCUCAGGAGGGUGCCAGGUUCUUCUCAGUUCCAGCGACCGUUCUCUCUAACCAUUGCUCCAGCGUUCACAUGGGAAUCUUGGCGAGGAUGGGAAUUCAGCUGACGUGGUAAUUCCGCAGCCCACACCGUUGAAUGCUGCAUUUCUCAUCAACAGCAGCCCGGAGGCCCGAAGGACCCAGGGAGGUCUCUCCGAGGCCCUGGCCGCCCCGAUUCUCCGGCUGUGGCGCGCUGACCUGCACACGGGGUCCCUUCCUGUUAGUGCUGCUGGACGGUCAGGGGAGCUCAGGCCUGCAGCCCAGCCCGGGCAACUACUGCAGCCCCCGCAGGUCCCACGCACGGCUGAGGGGCUGUCGGCGGGACCCCUCCUGGCUCUGCGAAGCUGCUCUUCCUUCUCUUGCCCCUUUUGGUAGCUAGCUGCCUCGUCCUUGUUAGUGACUCUUUCACUACAUUUUCUCCAUUGCAGUGAUAGGUGUGGUUAGUUCUAUUUAUUUAUUUAUUUUGAGACGGA